AUGACGACCACGGUAAACCUCGACAACGAUGCCAUUGCCCAGUCUGGGCUGGUUGACCCUGAGAACAAGGGACUCCCUGUCAACCAGGCCAAGGGCUCAAUCGACCUGAGCAAGGAGGCUCCUGCGCACGCGGUCACGUCCGCUACAGAUAGCGACGUGUCCAAUUAUCCCACUGACGAGGAGCUGCGCACGCUCCGCCGUAUAUCGGGAAAGAUCAAGUGGAGCAUGUGGACCAUUGCCUUUGUUGAACUCUGCGAACGUUUCUCCUACUACGGUUCUGCCGUCCUCUACACCAACUUCGUCAAUAAUCCUCUUCCCGAAGGCUCGACGACGGGCUCCCCUGCCGACCUGAGCGGUCAGCCUGGUGCCCUCAACAUGGGCAGCAAAGCUGCUCAGGGCCUCAGCCUGACCAACCAAUUCCCUGACUCUUCAUUCGCGGCCUUUAUCAUUGGCCUUCUCACUCUUUGCGUGGGAACGGGUUUCUUCAAGGCCAACGUGUCUCCCCUUCUAGCUGAGCAGGGCGAGGACACUCACAUGCACGUUACCACACUCAAGACUGGCGAGCGUGUCAUUGUCGACCCGGCCGUGACCAACACGCGCGUCUUCCUGUACUUCUACAUGUGCAUCAACAUUGGCUCGCUGUCUGGCCAGAUUGGCAUGGUUUGGGUCGAGAACCUUCAUGGUUUCUGGCAGGCCUUCCUGAUCCCCACAGCCUUGUUCCUUAUCGCACCGUUUGUCCUCUGGUCAAACAAGAAGAAAUACAAGCUCACUCCCCCCACGGGCUCCCUGUUGUCCAAGUUCCUCCGCCUCUUCCGCUACGUUCAGACGCGCUCCAGCUUCUGGAAGCCCGACUGGGAGCUUGGUAAACCCUCUAACAUCGCCGUCUCUCAACGCCCUGUGUGGAUGACGUUCGACGACGCCUGGGUCGACGAGGUCCGCCGUGGCCUCAUGGCCUGUCGCGUCUUCCUCUUCCUGCCCAUAUUUUUUCUGGCCUACAACCAGAUGACGGGAAACCUUACCAUACAGGCUUCGACCAUGACUCGUCACGGCACUCCCAACGACAUUCUGCAGAACCUGAACCCCAUCUCCAUUGUCAUCAUGAUCCCCAUCAUCGACUACCUUCUUUACCCCGGUCUCCGCAAGGCCGGCAUUGCCUUCACUCCCAUCAAGCGUAUGGCCGCCGGUUUCUUCUUCUCCGCCGCCUCCAUGGUGGCCGCCGCCGUCAUGCAGUACUACAUCUACAAGACGAACCCCGACUGCGGCUGGCAUAUCAACGACGGCAAGGACUGCGCGCCUUCUCCUAUCAACGUCUGGGCUCAGUGCCUGCCCUACAUCCUAGUCGGCCUGUCCGAGAUCUUCACCAAUGUCACCUCGUACGAGUAUGCCUUCUCCAAGGCCCCCGAGAACAUGAAGUCCCUCGUCAUGAGUGUCAAUCUCUUUAUGAGCGCCAUCUCUGCCGCUAUCGGUCAGGCCUUCACCCCUCUUUCCGGUGACCCUUACCUGGUCUGGAACUACACUACGGUAGCCAUCAUUGCGUUCCUCGGUGGCGCCGGAUUCUGGUUCUGCUUCCGGCAUCUCGAUUCCGAGGAGGAUAAGUGGAACAUGCUCAAGAAGACGGAAUUCAUUGGCACUAACAAGCCCCUGGAGAAGGACACCAAAGAGGUCUGA